CGGAGCCUGACCCGGUGGUGUCCGGUCCCGGCCCGCCUUUUUCCCGCCCCCUCCGCCGGGCCGGGCCGCGCCGCACCGCGGGGCCAUAAAGCGGCGGCGGCAGCUGCUGCCGGGGGUCGGCUCUAUGCUGCUGUGUCCUGCCAUGGCCGCGGCCCGGCGCAGGCUGGCACUAGGGCUGGGGCUGGCCGGAGCGGUCUGCGCCCUCCUGGGGGUCUGCCUGCUGCUGGUGGUGCCCCUCAUCGUGCGGGAUCAGGUGGUGAAGAAUGUCAGGAUUGACCCCAACAGCAUCUCCUUCAGCAUGUGGAGAGACAUUCCUGUUCCUUUCUACAUGUCAGUAUACUUCUUUGAAGUGUUGAACCCCAAACAGGUCCUCCAGGGAGCGAAGCCAAUGCUGAACCAACGUGGACCCUACGUUUACAGAGAGCUCAGGUACAAAAGUAACAUCACAUUCCAUGACAAUGACACAGUUUCCUUCCUGGAGUACCGGAAUCUCUUCUUCCAGCCAGACUUGUCCAAUGGCACUGAAGAUGAGUACAUCGUUGUGCCAAACAUUUUGAUGUUGGGAGCAGCUGUGAUGAUGGAAAAGCUGCCAGGAAUAGUGAAAGUUUUAGUGAGUGGAGCCCUGGCUGGCCUGAAACAGGAGGCGUUCAUGAACCGGACGGUGGGGGAGAUCAUGUGGGGCUAUGAAGACCCUCUCAUAGAUACAUUAAAUGCGUUUGUUCCUGGCUUGAUCCCUUUCAAGGGCAAAUUUGGCUUGUUUGUAGAGCUUAACAACUCAAAUUCAGGACUGUUCACAGUGAACACAGGCAUGAAGGACAUCAGUAGAGUUCACAUGGUGGAUACAUGGAAUGGGCUAAAGAAGGUCAACUACUGGCGGAGCAAUGAGUGCAACAUGAUCAAUGGGACCUCAGGGGAGAUGUGGCCACCGUUCAUGUCCCCAACAUCACUGGAGUUCUACAGCCCUGAUGCCUGCAGAUCCCUGACACUGGUGUAUGAGCAGUCUGGAAAUUUCAAGGGUGUGCCCACCUACCGCUUUGUGGCACCAAAAACUCUCUUUGCCAAUGGCACAGAUUACCCACCCAAUGAAGGUUUCUGCCCCUGCUUGCAGUCUGGCAUCCAGAACGUCAGUACCUGUAGGCUAAAUGCACCAAUGUUCCUUUCCCACCCUCACUUCUACAACGCCGACCCAUCCCUGGUGAACGCUGUUGAAGGCCUCCACCCCAACGAGGAGCAGCAUGCACUCUUCCUCGACAUGCACCCGAUGACAGGCAUCCCCAUGAAUUGCUCCAUCAAGCUGCAGCUGAACCUCUACAUAAAGGAGGUGUCUGGUAUACGUCAAACAGGGAAGAUUAAACCAGUGGUCCUGCCACUGCUGUGGUUUGCAGAGAGUGGAUCCAUUGAAGGCUCAGUCCUUCAGCAGUUUUACACCAACCUGGUGCUGCUCCCGUCCUUGUUGGAAUACCUGCAGUAUAUCAUCCUUGGGCUGAGUGUCCCACUCAUUAUCUCAGCAGCUGUACUCAUGGCAAUGAGUCGGGAUAACAAAGUCACUGAAUCAUUGAAAUUGGAAGGGAGCUGUGAAGGUCAUCUAGUCUACCCAGCCUGUUCAAACAGGGUCUUCUAGAGUUGGUUGCCCAGGACCAUGUCCAGAUGUCUCUUAGUAUCUCCAAGGAUGGAGAUUCCCCCAACCUCAGUGGGCAACGUGUUGCAGAUUUUUACACUUCCCAUGGUUUAAAGUGUUUCCCAGUAUUCAGAUGGAGCCUGUCUGUGCCUACCUGCUCUUGUCCUGUCCUAUGGACACUACAGAGAAGACUCUGGCUCUGUAUGUACAUCUUCCCUUCAGACACUUGUAUAUAUUGAUAAGAUUCCCCCUGGAGCUGUCUCCUCUCUGGGCUAAACUGUUCCAGAUCUCUUGGCCUUUGCUCAUAAAAGAGAGGCUUCAGUCCAUUAAUCAUUUUAUUAGUUGCCUUUUGCUGGACUCUUCCUACUAGCUCCAUCUCUGUUGUCCUGGGAAGCCUGGAAGUGGAUGCAGUGUUCUUCAGCAGUGGGAGGGGAAGGAUCAUCUCCCUCAACCUGCUGGCAGCACUCCUAACACAGCCUAGAAGACAGCUGCCUUUGCUACAUGGACAUACUGCUGGCUCAUGGUCAACUUUGUGUCCACCAGGACCAUCAGUCCUUCUCUGCCCAGCUCCUUAAUGGUUAGGUGACCCUUAGCAUGUACUGGUACAUGGGAUUGUGCCUCCCGAGGUGGAAACCUUUGCACAUCCUCUUCUUGAACCUCAGGAGGUACCUGUUGGCCCAUCUCUCCAGCCUGUUGAGGUCCUUUUGGACACAGUGUGAUGUUUAGGUGUGUCAGUCACUCCUCCCAGUUAUAGAUCAAUAAUAAAGGUGUUAAACAGGACUGGACCCAGUACUGAUCCCUGGUGUACGCUAUAGUUACUGGCCUCCAUCUACACUUCUUGCCACUUCUCUUGAGCUUCUGAGCCUGGCUGUUCAACCUCACUGCUCCUUCAGCCCCUGCUUCAUAGAUUCUCCACAAGGUUCAUAUAGGAAGCAGUGUUGACAGCCACACUGAAGUCCAGGUAGACAACAUCCACUGCUCUGCCCUAUAGUAAUGGAGACAGCCAAUAAUACAAGUUUAUCAGAUUGGUCAUGCAUGAUUUCCCCUUGGUGAAGCCAUAUGGCCUAUUCCUGAUUAUUUUCUUGUCCUUCAUGUGCCUGGAAGUGCUUCCUUGGAUUAAGAGUUCCAUCGCUGUCCCAAGGAUUGAAGGGAAGCUGCCUGGCUUGCAGUUCCCCAGGUCUUCCUGCUUGAACCUCUUGCUUUACUCCAGUCUUUGGGUGCCUCACUUCUUGGACUUGCUUCCUCUGGUCUUUGGGCACCUCACUUCUGGAGCUUGCU